AUGAAAUCUAAGCGUAAAUCUGCUAAAACUAAAAAUAGCUAUAAUAAACGACUAUAUGCCGCAAAUGCAGUUAAAAAGAAAGAUGUAGUUUCUAGGAAGGAGCAGCAAAGGAUAUGCAAAGAAAAAUUGCGAUCGGAUUCGGUAUACCGAAAAUCCGAAGGAGAACUAAACAAAAAUAGGAUAGCGCAUUUGCGCAAGGACGAAAGCUUUAGGAGAAGGGAAAAGGUAAGUAAUAGAAUACGUUUAGCGACAACUAGACAUAGUGACAAUAAUUUCGCUCGGCUUGAAAAUGAGAAGCAUAGGAAACGUAUAGCUAUCAAGAGAAAAAAUGAUGAGAUAUUUAAAAUUAAUGAAAAAAAUAAAAAUAAAGUACGCAUGCGUGAAUAUAGGAAAAACGAAAGUAUAAGAUUGGCUGAAUAUAUGGCAAGAAAGCGCGAAGAUAAUGUUCAUCGAGAGCGAAGGAGAAAUGAGUUGCGUAUGAAAUUUUUAAGACAGGGUCAAUAUAAACUAUCUGAAAUUAAUAAAAAUAUCGAACGGAAUAUAAUUCUCCGUCAAAAUUAUGCAUAUAACCAGUUAGAAAAUAAUAAAAAUAAGCUGCGUAAUAGACUUCUUCGACAAAAUUAUGAAUAUAGGACGAGCGAAAAUUAUAAAAAUAUCAGGCGAAAUAGUGACUUAAGACAUAAAUUACCAUAUCGCACAAAGGAAAUGAAAAAUAAUAUCGAGCGCAAUAUGCAUUUACGACGUAAAUCUUUGUAUAGAACUCGUGAAAACGAGAAAAAUAUGAUACGCAACAACAGGUUAAGACAAGCUCCAAAUUUUUCAAUAAACGAAAAUAAAAAUAAUACUUUUCGUAAUAAGAUUUUGCGCAAAAAUAGAGAAUUUAGAUUAAAUGAAGCACGUUCUAAUAUUUCACGCAUGAGAAUGACUCGUAACAUUGCGCAUUACAGUACAAACGAGAAAAUUAAAAAUAUAGAUCGAAUGAGAAAAUCACGGCACGAUAAAGUCGCAUAUAGAAAGGAACUAAAGAAGAAUGCCGAACAUAAAUUAAAAAACAGAGAACUAGAUUUCAUAAAAUAUCGUGAAAACAUAUAUAAUCAAUUAAAAACAUUUGACAAAUUUUAUCCAUUUGCAGAGCUGCAGCAAAAGUUUAUUCAUUUAAGAGCCGAAACUACUUCAUAUAUUUGCUGUUGCUAUUUAGAGGAACGAAUGGUAGCGCCAAUAUUAAAUUUUAUGCAGAUACGUGCUUUAAAGCCUUAUGCUUUAAAUCCACAAUUAGGAUUGAAAGGGAGCGUGGUUAAUAUUUCAAUCCAAAUCAACGAUCUCUUAAAUGUUCUUCCAAGAAAAUUCAAUCAAAUGAAAACUAUCCAAAUCAAAUUAAAACGAAAUAUCAGUCAUAAGAGCGACUAUAUGUUUGAAACAGUAGAUCAAAAAUAUUUAGAUAUGUUUGAUAGCGGCGUUGAAAACGUUAAUUUUAUUGUGGAUGAUAAAGAUCUUUUAGAAGAUGAAUUAUCUGAAUCGACCAAUGAUGGAGAUGAUAAUCCACCACCUCAACCAACAAUUGAUUUCAAUCAAAUUAACAAUGACGAAGUCUUGCUAAUUGAUAAUAAUACUAAUGUGGCACAUGACAAUUCUUCAAAGAUAAGUAUAAUUGCUCCAGGACAGAGCAAAUACCCGUUGCCUUGGCACAAAAUGGAUGAUUUGGAUGAAUUAUGUUUUCCCAAAUUAUUUGGUGGUCAUUCAUUUUCAUCUCAAAAAAUAUCUUAUAAAGAUCGCGCACGUUCAGAAGUUAGACGGUUUGACCGCCGAUCAUGUAUUCCGACCCGUAUCUUAUUUAUGGCAAAAAAAAGUCUGGAGAUUGCCUGCAUGUCUAACAUCAAUAUAUGUUUAAGGCGGUCAAAAAAAAAUUUGGCUAAAAAAAUUGUUGCUUCAGAUGCUAUAGAUAGCAAUUUUAUAAACGAUUUAGUAAAGUUUGAUGAUGGUUAUAGGUUUUUAAAAAACAUUAGAUCGUCGCCAGCAUUUUGGGAAGAUAAGAAAAAAAAAUUAUUAGCUAUGAUUCGUCAGUUGGGCCGGCCCACUUUCUUUUUAACUUUAUCUGCUGCGGAGUCACAAUGGCCAGAAUUAUUGAAAACGUUGAUGAAAUACAGCGAAUACAAUAAAAAUAUAUCUCUACGUGAAGCGUACGCGUUGGAUCACAAUACGAAAACCACACUGAUUAGAAACGAUCCAGUUACUUGCUCGAGAUAUUUUGACUACAAAGUCAACAAAUUUAUGUGGAUGUUGCGACAAGCAAACAGUAUUUUUGGCGAGUAUGAGGUUAUAGACAGCUACGAACGAGUCGAGUUCCAACAGCGCGGCAGCCCGCACGAGCAUAUAUUAUUAUGGUUAAAUAAUGCACCGAAAUAUGAUUCAAAUUGCAAUGAAAGCAAUAAUAACACAUUCAUAGAUUUUAUUGAUAGAUUCAUUACGUGUAAAAAUGAUUCAGAAAAUCCAUAUGUCAAAUUGCAAAUACAUAAACAUGGAAGGACAUGUUAUAAAGGACAACGAAACAAGGAAUGUCGUUUCCACAUUCCAUAUCCCGUUAUGAAAAAGACAAUGAUAUUAGAGCCGCUAAGUAAAGAUGAACAAGCCCCAAAACAAUAUAAAACCAUACGCGAUCUAAUGAAUAAAUUGUAUAGAGAGAAUAAAUAUAUGAGUUACGAAGAUAUUCUAAAGGAAUUAGGAAUGAACGAAACUGAAUAUAUAUUGUCAAUUCGGAGUUCAUUAAAACAGAAGCGCGUAUUUUUGAAAAGAUCUAGCCUGGAAGUAGCUGUCAACGCUUAUAAUUCCAAUAUACUAAAAUUGUUCGAGUCCAAUAUGGAUCUUCAGAUUAUAUUAGAUGAAUAUGCGGUAAUAAGCUAUGUUACUAAUUAUAUUAGUAAGAUAGAGGGAGGACUAUCCAAGCUUUUACGAGAAGCAGCCAUGGAUUGUGACAACAAUAAUAAAAGUAUCAAGGAAAAAUUUUGUGCUGUAACUAACGUAUUUUUAAAUAGUAAUUUAAUGUCAGCACAAGAAGCCGCAUACCACGUUCUUUCGUUGUCUUUGUCAAAACAGAGUAGAAAGACAAUCUUUAUAAAUACUCGGCCAACGACUGAACGAGUGUCAAUGUUGAAGUCGAUCGACACUUUAAAACAAUUAAACAAGGAUUCAACUGAAAUAUAUGUAGAAGAUUUAUUCAGUAAAUAUAGUAAACGCGUUGAAAGUUUAGAAUACGUAUGUCUAGCUGACUACGCUGCAAAUUAUGAAAAUAGAAAAAAAAAAUCAUUGGAUAUUGAAGACGACAUUGACAUCAAUGAUGAGGAAAUAGAAAUAAUAAGCCGCCAAAAGUCUGCUAUAAUAAGAUAUACAAGAUAUAAAUUAUAUCAAGACCCAGCCAAUUAUUAUAGAGAAAAAAUAUUGUUAUUCAUGCCUUGGCGAAAUGAGCUGCAAGAAGUGGAAAAUGUUAACUUUGAACAAGUUUUUAUCGAUCAUAAAAGAAUAAUUGAAGAUAACCAACGUAAAUUUGCUAUUAUAAGUGACGAAACUUUAGACGAUGCACUAAAAUUAAUUGAACUCGAACAACUUCAUUAUGAUGAUGAACAUAUAGAUCAAAAUUCAUUUAGUAACAACAUUGAUAUAUUACAACAAGAGGGAAAUAAAACAACAAAUAACAAAACAAAAACGACCUCAACAAACAGUCGAUAUGCGUGCCCCACUAGGGUUUCCCAAAAUCAAUUGUUUGAAAUGAUGCUGCAAUUAAAUAUUAAGCAGCGGGAUCUACCCGGUGGAGAUUUAGAUAAAAUAGUGGUGCUGCUGUGUGCUCCGUCAGGAAAAGCUGCUUUCCUCAUCAAUGGCGUAACGUUGCAUUCCGCGUUUGCAUUACCUUGCAGACUAUUUGGAGUAAAUUUAGCUGAACUAUCGAGUGACGUAGCUAAUACAAUACGCGAACAAUUAGCAAAAGUUCAACUCUUAAUUAUUGAUGAGAUAUCGAUGGUAAGUUGCACGAUGCUAACUCGUAUUGAUACUAGAUUGCGGCAAAUAAAAGGUCUCAAUGAACCUUUUGGUGGAGUAUCUCUAUUAGCAGUUGGCGAUUUGAAACAAUUGCCACCGGUAAAAGAUAAACCGGUAUACGAAGUGUCACGUCACAAUGAAAUGGCUCCAUUCUUUGAUGUUAAUCCUUUGUGGAAUACAUUUGACUUUUUUGAAUUGACAGAGAUAAUGAGGCAAAAAGACAAUUUAGCAUUUAUCAAUGCAUUAAAUAAUUUAUCGGAAAAUAAAAUGACAGAAGUUGAUUUAACAUUAAUAAGGACCAGAGAAGUUGAACGAGAAGAGGUUCCGGAAACAGCAAUAUGGUUGUACGGAACAAAUGACAACGUUGCAGCAUACAAUAAAUUGAAAAUUGAACAAAAUAAAAAUCCGUUAAUAAUCUCGACAGCCGAUCAUAUCUUUUCAAAAACUUUUAUCAAUGAACAAAGUAGAAAACUAAUUUUAAAUUCUUUAAGAAAAGGCAAUAAAAACGACAUCAGAUUGGAGGAGACCAUUGAUUUAAAAAUUGAUAUAAAGUAUAUGCUUACAAGUAAUAUCGAUGUUGUUGACGGACUUGUAAAUGGCGCUUGCGGUAUUUUGAAACACAUCACUUUCGAUAAGACGAAUAAAACUCCAGAAAUUUUAUGGCUAGAUUUUCAGCUUUCGAGAGUGGGUAAAAAGGCCAGAAGUAUUCACAGGGAAUAUAUGUUGAAUGGCGAAAUUGAAAAUAAUUUGACACCUAUAAGGAAAUUGGCUCUGCGCAUUAACUCCACCGAUGAAGAAAAAUAUCAUAUUGUGAGAAAUCAAUUUCCGGUCAUAAUUGCGGAAGCUAUCACAAUUCAUAAAAGUCAGGGGCAAACAUACGAAAAGAUUUGCCUUGAUUACACAAAGACGGAAAGGCGAAUUAUACAAAUGCAAUAUGUUGCUCUUAGCCGCGUUACGAAUUUAAAUGGACUAUAUAUCUUGGGAAGGUUUCAUAUUAAGAAUAAUUCAAGUAAAAGGUUGGGAGGCAUCGACAAGAAUCCGGCUCUGGAUGAGUUAAAACGUCUAAGGCAAACAAAGCAAUUACAAUUAUCCUAUAAUGAUUUAAAGAAUGAGGCGACAUUAAAAAUAAUUUAUCAUAAUGUCGGAACCCUCAACAAUAAACUGGCUCACAUUAUUCAAGAUAAGUGGUUUCAUCGUGCAGAUAUAUUAUGUUUUAGUGAAACACUAUCCAAAUCGAACGAUAAAUUGGAUAUAGAAAAUUUUAAAAUAAUAUUCAGGUCAGAUAUUAGUGACAAAAGUAGAGGUUUUAUUGUUUACUCAAAAAAUAAUUUAUUGGCAAAAUUUAUAACAGCCGAAUAUAGGUUCAAUGAGAAAGCUUCUAUCGAAUUAAUUCUGAUUAGUUCGAAUGAUAAUUUUAUUGUAACGGGAUACAAAACUCCAAAUGUCAAUAGAUUGAUGUUUGAAGCUGCAUUUUCAAACGUUAUCAGGCAACUUUCAGAUAACACUAAAAUCAUAUUUAUAGGCGAUUUUAAUUUCAACAUUAUUAAUGGCGCUUGUGAUAAGAAUAACUAUUUAAUAAAUUAUUUACGAAAGUAUAAUUUGCAAACUAUGUUAGCGAAAAAUGACAUAACAACAAGUUUAAACACCCAAAUAGACGUCGUUUUUAGUAAUAUUGAUAAUUUACAAGCCGGCGUAUACGAAACGUAUUUCAGUUACCAUAAGCCGAUAUACGCAAUUUUGCAUAACAAUUGCUUUAUUAAUACGAUGUUAAUACCCGCCAAUGUGGAUGCUAUUUUUGACUCAACUAAUAUAGACAUAACCCUUAAUAAUGUUAACAAUUCCGAGAACGCUUCUAUGACAAUUACGACUGUUGACGAUGCUAAUGUUGCCUCUCAUAUUACUACCACUGCUACUACAAAUAAAAAAACGAGUGCAAGAACUACUAAAACGCCUACAAUUUGUAGUAAUAACACUAAUAUUGCUGUCACUGAGUUUACUUCUUUAGAACGCACAGAACUAAUUCUUCGAAAUGUAGUAUCGCUAACUACUUCUAAUUUCAACGACGCGAGACUUAUAGCAGAGCUUAAAAUUAUCACAACCACCGGACGCGGCAAUUGUUUUUAUGACGCAGUUUCACGCAAUAUUUGUGGCGAUGAGCAAUUGUCAAAAAUUGUGAGACUACUAUGUGUGUACCAAAUAGUUCACGACGAUGAAAUGCGUUCACCUUUCGUCUCAUACUCUCAAUUUUUCACAUGCCGUGAAUUGGUAUGUGAUUGUUGUCCAUUUACAACAAGUUGUUAUCGGCACAUGAAUUUGCAAACUCAAAUAAGAUUACAUGCAAGUGACGGGAAAUGGGCCUAUACCGUCACGCCAUACUAUUUAGCUAGAGCUCUGAAUCGUGAUAUAGUUGUUUUCACAAACCACACAACAAUCGGUCUACUUAUUGUCACUGUUCACCGACAUUCAACUGCAGAUUAUUAUAAUACAACUCUGCAACAAGAGCCCAUACUUUUAAUUAAUUUAGAGAAUAUGCAUUACUCAGCAAUAUUACCAACGACCAAUAUUAAAUUCAGCGAUAUUAUUCAAGAUCCAACCAUCUCCCAAAUUUUGACUCAAAACAUCAACUAUACAAGCACGAUAAUUGAAAAUUUGUUAAAUGUCCGAAGAAAUAGGUGA